CCUGAUCUCUUACUUGUUGACAUGCACUCUCUCUUUUCCAGUUCCUCCAGUUCAGUAUCAUUCUUGCAUGUGUUAAUCUGACAUGAUUUCCACUGAGAACAAGUCCCAAGAGUGCGCAGGGUGAGUCUAACUUGCAGGCUCAGGGUGCCAUCAGGAAGAGCCUCAUGAGCAUCUCACACCUGCACCUGUCAGAGUAUGAAGCCUCGGCUCUUUGCAUGCUGGGAUCACUGCAGCAAAUUGCCAGCAGCUCUGUGGCAGACAUCUUGGACACCACUGAUCUGGAUGUGUGCCGGCGCGUCCUUGUCCCGAUGCCAAAUGAGGCCAGCACAAGUGUUUGUCGACGUUGACCUGAUUUUCAAACCUCAAUAUGUGUGGAGGCGAUAAUCAUGAGUGGUUUGGUGCAGGGCCCAGCAGGUAGUCAGCUUUUUUCAGGAUCCUCCGACAGCCUGAGACCUUUCGAGAACUAAUAAUGAGCUCUUCAAGAGAGCACGUUUUGUGAUGCUAAAUAUGCUGGAAUCUGUAAGAUUGCCAGCUGAGACCAACCUAAUUCCAGUACAGGUGGAAGUUCCUGGGUGUCACGUCACGUCGUCGAUCACUGACGAUUGCACCUUGGAGUGUAGUCUCAAAGAUUCUCGUCCUCAAAGAUUCUCAGUCCUGCAUUGUCUUGC